AUGGCAGACGACAUGUACAAAAAAGAUACAGGAGGAGGGUAGUACAUAGCUCAGUAAGCGUACGAGCAAAGAAGACAACGACAAUGGUGGCCGUUUAUCGAAUUCUUUUUCCCGCCAUAAUCUUAUCAUCUCUAUUGGACCUCACAUCUGCAGAUCAACAGAGCAACCGCCACCUGCUUCUCCAAUUGGACGAGGCCAAGCUCAAGAUCUCUCAGUUAGAAUCUUCUCUCGAGGAAAUCAUCCAAAAGGUAAAUGCUAGAGAUGUUUAUCUACUGGAGAGAGAGAAUCAAAUUCAGGAGAUGGAGAAGAAGAUAAACGAUCUGCAAUCUGCUCGUUCUAAUUUGAAGGGAGCUUCAUUGCCUGUUGAUGAUAGGAUUAAAUUGCUAGAAGAAGAGGUGCGAGUUCUAUGGGAGACUUUGAGAAAGAACAACUUCGAUCUUCAUGUUUUAGAAUCUAAAGCACAAGAAGCUGACGACAGAUUAGAAGCAGUAACUUUGCAGGUUGAGAGGAUGGCGGGCAUAGUGUCAGAGCAGUGGAUCCAAAUUCAACAGUUUGAGCAGGCUCUUCAACUCAGAGAAAUGACCAUAUCAAAGUACCAGAGGCAAAUGAGGGCUUCCAGGUGCUCAUUCUUGAAGUUCGCGAAAAACCUUUCCAACAUAUAUCUUCCAAAGUCUCUAGGGCCAAUGGGUUCAUAUUUAUUUGGUGAAGAUUCUACCUUGGGACCUUACAUUUCACGAACCUUACAUUUGUUAAAGAGGUUAUAUUCAACAGCAAAAGAGUACCACCAUGAGCUGCAAGGUUUCGUCAAAGCUGAAAUGGACAGGCAUGAGUUCACCGCAUAUCUUGCCAAUGAGGAACUAAUAUUUUUUGUGACAAAACGAAUCAACACUCAUGGCUUUGAGUUUUGUGAAAACCCCAGGCUUCUGCUUUGAUCAUCUUCCCAGUAUUGAGCGCUUGGAUGUUGCUUUCAUCGCAAUUACAGUAGUCGAGAAUUUUACUCCUGGAGGUGGCAGCCUGUAUUCUAUGGUGGAGGAAAGGAUAAUGCUCAAGCCGCUACCCAACCCCUCUUCCAAUUUAUGUAGGUUUUGUGAGGAGCAAAAAUGUGGCUUCAUCUCUGUAUUAGUUCUAUGGAUCCUUUUGUAAUUUUGUUUCCACCAUCACUGCUGCUUCUCCUAAUAGCUUCACAACGUCUACCUAUAUAUGCCCAUUUUGGUUGGGUUUUUGUCUUUUUGACAUGAAAAGCUUUACCAUUAGGUGUAUUAGAUUCUAAUUUCUGAAUGUAACACCAUAUGCUAUGAACUGUACAGAAUGGACAAUCUGAGUUGCAAUUUUAAUGUCUGUGAAAUGGUCUGAUCUAAAGAUUAUCAA